AGAGGGGAAGAGGGGUCCAGGUCGCGGGAAUAGCUGUUGCAAGCGGCCCAAGGCAGGAAGGAGCUGGUGUAGCUGGAGCCAUGAGGGGGAGGAAGGUGUGUGAAGCCGAAGGUGGUGGGUCCCAGAUGGAUGCUUACAAAGGACGACAGGGUCACUACGUGUACAAGGUCUGAGGGCAAGCGGGGACAGGCGCAGAUUCCCACCCGGCGUGCGGUUCCCCUCCUGGCACGCGACACUCGAAACGCGCUCUCCUCUCGGAACAUCUCACACCAGCUCCUUUCUUCCCGGCGGUGGCAGACGGUGACACAGAACCACCGUGCAGCUGUAGAUUACAUAACGAUUCAACGCAGGUACCGGGGAAACAGCCACACGCACGGAAGCCCAAGCUGUCAGUAUGUUCACACGGAUGCUCCUACCAAUAAAACACUGGCUGGGCUGGUGGUACAGCUUCUUCAGUUCCAGGAAGAUGCCUUUGGGAAGCAUGUCACCAACCCGGCCUUUACCAAGCUCCCGGCAAAAUGUUUCAUGGAUUUCAAAGCUGGAGGCACCUUGUGUCACAUUCUUGGGGCUGCUUACAAAUACAAAAAUGAGCAGGGGUGGCGGAGGUUUGAUCUGCAGAAUCCAUCCCGAAUGGAUCGUAAUGUUGAAAUGUUUAUGAACAUUGAAAAAACAUUGGUUCAGAGCAAUUGUCUGGCCAGACCCAACAUCUACCUCAUUCCAGACAUUGAUCUGAAGUUGGCUAACAAAUUGAAAGAUAUAAUCAAACGACAUCAGGGAACAUUUACUGAUGAGAAGUCAAAAGCUUCCCACCACGUUUAUCCAUAUCCUUCCUCACAAGAGGAUGAAGAGUGGUUGAGACCUGUGAUGAGAAAAGACAAGCAGGUGUUAGUGCACUGGGGGUUUUACCCUGACAGCUAUGAUACUUGGGUCCAUAGUAAUGAUGUUGAUGCGGAAAUUGAAGAUCCACCAAUUCCAGAAAAACCAUGGAAGGUUCAUGCAAAAUGGAUUUUGGACACUGAUGUUUUCAAUGAAUGGAUGAAUGAGGAGGAUUAUGAGGUAGAUGAGAACAGGAAGCCCGUGAGUUUUCGUCAGCGAAUUUCAACAAAGAAUGAAGAGCCAGUCAGAAGUCCAGAGAGAAGAGAUAGAAAAGCAUCAGCUAAUGCUCGAAAGAGGAAACAUUCACCUUCCCCUCCGCCCCCCACACCCACAGAAUCCCGGAAGAAGAGUGGGAAGAAAGGCCAAGCUAGUCUUUAUGGGAAGCGGAGAAGUCAGAAAGAGGAAGAUGAGCAAGAAGAUCUUACCAAGGACAUGGAAGACCCAACACCUGUACCCAACAUAGAGGAAGUGGUUCUUCCAAAGAAUGUAAACCCAAAGAAAGAUAGUGAAAAUACACCUGUUAAAGGAGGAACUGUGGCAGAUCUAGAUGAGCAGGAUGAAGAAACAGUCACAACAGGAGGAAAGGAAGAUGAAGAUCCUGGCAAAGGUGAUCAGAGUAGAUCGGUUGACCCUGGUGAAGAUAAUGUGACUGAGCAGACCAAUCACAUUAUUAUUCCUAGCUAUGCAUCGUGGUUUGAUUAUAACUGUAUUCAUGUGAUUGAGCGACGUGCUCUUCCUGAGUUUUUCAAUGGAAAAAACAAAUCCAAGACUCCAGAGAUAUACUUGGCAUAUCGAAAUUUUAUGAUUGACACAUACCGCCUAAAUCCCCAAGAAUAUUUAACCAGCACUGCUUGUCGGAGGAACUUAACUGGAGAUGUGUGUGCUGUGAUGAGGGUUCAUGCCUUCUUAGAGCAGUGGGGGCUUGUUAAUUACCAAGUGGAUCCAGAAAGUCGACCCAUGGCAAUGGGGCCUCCUCCAACUCCUCAUUUCAAUGUGUUAGCUGAUACCCCCUCGGGGCUUGUUCCUCUGCAUCUUCGAUCACCUCAGAUUCCUGCUGCUCAGCAAAUGUUAAAUUUUCCCGAGAAGAACAAGGAAAAACCAAUUGAUUUGCAGAACUUUGGUCUUCGUACUGACAUCUACUCCAAGAAAACCUUAGCAAAGAGUAAAGGUGCUAGUGCUGGAAGAGAAUGGACAGAACAGGAGACCCUUCUACUCCUGGAGGCUCUGGAGAUGUAUAAAGAUGAUUGGAACAAAGUGUCAGAGCACGUUGGAAGUCGCACUCAGGAUGAAUGCAUCCUCCACUUCUUGAGGCUUCCCAUUGAGGACCCAUACCUUGAGAAUUCUGAUGCUUCCCUGGGGCCCCUGGCCUACCAGCCUGUGCCCUUCAGUCAGUCAGGAAACCCAGUCAUGAGCACUGUUGCUUUUUUGGCAUCUGUGGUGGAUCCUCGUGUGGCGUCUGCUGCAGCCAAAGCGGCUUUGGAGGAGUUUUCUCGAGUCCGGGAGGAGGUGCCGCUGGAAUUGGUGGAGGCUCAUGUCAAGAAGGUUCAAGAAGCAGCCCGAGCCUCUGGGAAGGUGGAUCCCACCUAUGGCCUGGAGAGCAGCUGCAUUGCAGGCACGGGACCAGAUGAGCCAGAGAAGCCGGAAGGAGCUGAAGAGGAAAAAAUGGAAACAGAUACUGAUGCUCAGCAGCCUGAAAAGGCAGAAAACAAAGGGGAAAAUGAAACGGAUGAAGGUGAUAAAGCACAAGAUGGAGAAAAUGAAAAAAAUAGUGAAAAGGAACAGGAUAGUGAAGUUAGCGAGGAUACUAAAUCAGAAGAAAAGGAGACUGAAGAGAACAAGGAACUCACUGAUUCUUGUAAAGAAAGAGAAAGUGAUGUUGGGAAGAAGAAAGUAGAACAUGAAAUUUCUGAAGGAAAUGUAGCCACAGCCGCAGCAGCUGCUCUUGCCUCAGCUGCAACGAAAGCCAAGCACCUUGCUGCUGUGGAAGAGAGAAAGAUCAAGUCUCUGGUAGCUCUCCUGGUUGAGACACAAAUGAAGAAACUGGAGAUUAAGCUUCGACAUUUUGAAGAACUAGAAACUAUCAUGGACAGAGAGAAAGAAGCUUUAGAACAACAGAGGCAGCAGUUGCUUACGGAGCGCCAGAACUUCCACAUGGAGCAGCUGAAAUACGCUGAGUUGCGAGCCCGACAGCAAAUGGAACAGCAGCAGCACGGGCCGAACCCUCAGCAGGCACACCAGCACUCAGGAGGACCCGGCCUGGCACCGCUGGGAGCAGCAGGACAUCCCGGCAUGAUGCCUCAUCAGCAGCCCCCUCCCUACCCUCUGAUGCACCACCAGAUGCCACCGCCUCACCCGCCCCAGCCAGGUCAGAUACCAGGCCCAGGUUCCAUGAUGCCCGGGCAGCCCAUGCCAGGCCGCAUGAUGCCCACCGUUGCAGCCAGCAUCCACCCCCCUGGGAGUGGCCCCACCCCUCCUGGUAUGCCUCCAAUCCCAGGAAACAUCUUAGGACCCCGGGUACCCCUCACGGCACCUAACGGCAUGUAUCCCCCUCCGCCACAGCAGCAGCCACCACCUCCAGCACCUGCGGAUGGAGGCCCUCCACCUCCUGCUCCUGGCCCACCAGCCUCCGCUGCACCGUAGCCUGGAAGACACAGGGAACGUCCGCGCCCAGCGCCCCCAGCUGGAGUGGGGAUGACAAGACUUGUGUUCUCCGCUUCCUUGGGUUUCUUUCAGGAUUUUUCUUCUCACAGCCCCAAGCACACACCCUGAAUUUUCCCCAUUCCUCUUGCCACCCCCUUCUGUACUCUGACACCUGCUGUGUUAGGUCCUCCUCCAACACUCAAGGGGGACCCCUGUGGUCACCCUAAAAUACCUGGCAUCUCCCUGACCUGCUGUGGGGUAUGCUGACAGUGUAUCUGCAGGUCCUGUCAACGCUAGUGGUCUAUGUCUUUAUCAUUUUUUGCUCUCCUGCAGUUUUGUUCUAUUUUUGCUUUGUCUUAUGCUUAUAUGGAUAAUGCUUUAUAAUUAUCACUCUUCUUUCUUUUUUUUUUUUUUCCUUUUGGUCAUUAUUGCUUUAAAGGAGAGCAUCCUAAGUUAAUAGGAACCAAAAAAUAGUGAUGGGCAGAGGGGAUAGCCAGAGGGGACAAACCUUAAGGCAUUGUAAGUGACCUUAUUUCUGCUUAUCUGAGCUAAGAGUGGUGCUGAUGGUGAAGUUUCAUGAGACUUUUGCCACACAUGGAUGCACCAAAAUUAAAAGAGAUGGGGAAAAGGGACCCCCCUGAUGUUAUCCUUAGUGAAGACUGUGAGAGCCUCCAGCCUGCCUGGCAGAACACCCCCUUUCAUCCCUGGUAGGGGAGAGCACAAGCUUUAGAAGAAAUCCACUUCUUGCCCAGGCCCACUGGUUCUGGUUUUCUAUGCAGAUGGUUUGUUUGAUUGCUAGGGUAGGUAGGCAUUUUUGUUUUUCUCAAAAGUGUAAGCAGUGUAAGCUUUGAGGGCUGCGAUUUGGGAGGCAUUCCUGAGUUCCUUAGACUAACCAGGAAAGUUUUGGGGGUCUUGGACAAUGGUCAUCCAAUGAAUCUAGCCCACUGUCCACUGCUUUGUGUGCAUUCUUUUUUCUCUCUCUAUACAAGAAGGAAAAAACUUAAAAAAAAAAAAGUAGAUAGCGCUGAGUUUAGCUCAUGGACUUGGUUAGGUUGGCUGGGGGUACAGGUCCCCAAACUACCUCUUGCAGUAGUCAGGGUGAGUGGGAUUUAGUGAAGCGGUACUUUAGGUUUGGGGUGGAAUUGGAGAAGUGGGGCAAGACCAACAGCCUGUCAUACCUUCUCCCUUCCCGGUCUGAGAUCUCACAUUCCAUCUAUUACAUGGUUGUCAAGGAGAUGCUCUGGGUACCAGGGAGCUCACUUGGCAAUCAAAGCAUCAUGGUUUGAGGGUGGGGUGCUCGGGCUGGGAGGGUGGAGUGCCAUUCCAGAGGAAGAGCCACAAAAAUGCCUUAAUAUGAGCCCAUUUCUACCCCUGCUGAUGAGUGACUUGAGAGUUCUUGGUUUUCUCUUGUCUUUCUUCCCUCUCCUCUGUCCUUCCAUGGGUGGGGAAACGGUGUUUUGGGUCAAGCUUGGUUUCCAAAGCACCUGGCCUCUUCACAUUCUCAAGUGGCAGUUUCCUUUAGAAUGCAAAGUGGAACAUCUUUUCAGUAUCUUUUCUAUAUAUUCUAUAAAGCUUUACAUGUGUGAGGGUGUGGGAAGUUGUUUAUAAAACACCUUAGAACCUUUUUCCUUAAUAUCAGAAAGCAAAAAAAAAAAAAA